UGGUGACAAUCGAUAAUCAAAUCAGGACCGUACGUUCUAUAGUAGCAUCAAUUCUUAGAAUAGAAGCAGCUUCAUUUGCACAACAACGAAAAGAGGAACAAAGAAAAGAACGAUAGUGUUUCGUUCCCGUCCAACGCGGAACCACUGACUCGACUCGGAGCGAGUGAAAUUCGUGACUCGGAAGAGUAAUACACACCGCGCACCAUGUCUGGUAUUGCUCGUGGACGCCUUACUGAGGAGCGCAAGUCAUGGCGGAAGAAUCAUCCUCAUGGUUUUGUUGCGAAGCCAGAGACACUGCCUGAUGGUUCUGUGAAUUUGAUGAUUUGGCAUUGCACUAUUCCUGGAAAAUCUGGGACUGAUUGGGAGGGUGGCUACUUCCCACUUACACUACACUUUAGUGAAGACUAUCCUAGCAAGCCUCCGAAGUGUAAAUUCCCACAAGGGUUCUUCCACCCUAAUGUUUACCCAUCAGGAACAGUUUGCUUGUCUAUACUUAAUGAAGACAGUGGGUGGAGACCAGCCAUAACAGUGAAGCAAAUUCUUGUGGGCAUUCAAGAUUUGCUUGACCAGCCAAAUCCUGCUGAUCCUGCCCAGACAGAAGGCUAUCAUCUAUUUAUCCAGGAUACAACAGAGUAUAAGAGAAGGGUCCGGCUACAGGCGAAGCAGUACCCACCUCUUCUCUAGUGCUAUUAUAAACUUAAGAAACAAUUGUUAGUAUGGUAGAUGUUUGCUCUUUUCUCCUUUUUAAACUGUUUUACUGUGAUAAUUGGCAUGCAUAAUAUGCAGACACCGAUGUGUUCACUAUUUAUGCUUCUUCUCAAAUCUGGAUGAAGUGGUUUAAUUAUGAAUA